GCACUAUACGUGCAGCUUAGAAGUCAACACAGAUGACCCAUCCCAGAAUUGAGCUUCUAUAUAUAAAUAAAUAAUACAGAGUACUCUGUGAAUAAUAAAAAAGCCAUAUUUUACUCCAAAUUAAGCUUACUUAAGAAAACAGUCCCCUUCGCAGAAGAUAGGGAUCUGAUUAUCUGAAUCCAUAUACUUAAUUACCAAGUAAGAUGAAACAUAAUAAGAAAACAGUCCCCUUCUCAAUCCUUUUGAUCCUUUCAGUGAUGAAAGCCUGUUUGGGGGGAGAAAUAGCGAUAUACUGGGGACAAAAUGGGAACGAGGGCAGCCUGCGAGAUACCUGCGCCUCCGGUAACUACAAAAUCGUCAACGUUGCUUUCCUGACUGUGUUUGGGAGUGGUCGGAAACCGGUCCUGAACCUCGCCGGCCAUUGUAAUCCUCGCAGCAAUACGUGCACCGGCCUGAGUGCCGACAUCAAAGCCUGCAAGAGCCAGGGCAUCAAAGUACUGCUCUCCCUGGGAGGUGGGAUUGGCAACUAUUCCCUUUCUUCCGCUGAAGAUGCCAAGAAUGUGGCUCAGUAUCUGUGGGACAACUACCUUGGCGGACAAUCAGGGUCAAGGCCGCUAGGAAACGAAACCCUUGACGGAGUUGACUUUGACAUAGAAUCAGGCGGGAGUCAGUUCUACGGCGAACUGGGGAAGGCCUUAAAGGCAUUCGGACAGAACGUGUACUUAUCGGCGGCGCCGCAAUGUCCAUUCCCCGAUGCAAUGCUGCAACCGGCCAUAACCGCCGGAGUUUUCGACUCCGUUUGGGUUCAGUUCUACAACAACCCUCCCUGUCAGUAUUCUUCAGGGGACGCCUCCAAGCUCCUCAACUCUUGGAACAAUAGUUGGUCAAACAUUCCCGCCGGAAAAGUGUUUCUUGGUUUGCCGGCCGCCCAGGCGGCUGCCGGUUUCAUCCCGGCAAGUGUGGUUACUUCUCAGAUUCUUCCGGCCAUCAAACGUUCUGCUAAAUACGGAGGCGUGAUGCUCUGGUCUAAAUUCACCGACAACGGCUACAGCGCAAGCAUAAAGUCGGCCGUUUGAUCAAUCAAAAUUUUAUGUGCACGCUUUGAUCUUUAUAGGGAGUAACAUUUAUUUGUAUGUGCAGAAUGCGGCUCGCUAGUUCUUAGCUCGUAUCCCUUGUAAGAGCAUUGUAACAAAACAAUUUCUUGUACUUCUAUGUCUUACUAUCAUAUGUUUGAUUGAAACUUCUCAUAUAUAUUAUCGACGACUCUUUAAUUUGAAGUGAGUUUGUUAUUUUUUAUUUUAAUUUAUUCAAUAUACGGAGUAUAUGAA